CACAAUGAUUGUGAGCUAUGUGUUAAAGGAGGCCCCAGGGCAGCAGUUUUCAUGUCAGUGACGUCAGCACAUUCCUUUAUUAACACAGGGAAACCGGAACACUGUUGCCGGCAAUGGGACCCAAGCAUCCAAUUGCAGAUUUGCCAUGCUGGGAAAUAAGGGUCUACUGGCUCCUAUCCAUUGGUUCACACUUACACUCCUUUUAUCAGCUGCACAGAUUCUCGAAAGAAUAUGAAGAUGGACUGGGGAGAGAAUUUGAACUGCAGAAAGGAUUUCUGAUUUGGGGAUUCAAAAAGGACCCCACAGACUUUGAGUGGAGUUUCUGGAGCGACUGGGCCAAAAAGUCUUUGCUAUGGACUUUGCUGGGCCAUGCAGUUAUUUCAAGGCUGGCCAGCAUCCUUAUUCCACAGCGCAGGGUGGCGGUGCUAACCGCGUAUGGCGUGCUAGCAGCCUGGAGCACGCUGGGUGCGAGAGGAGUGGGUGUGGUCGUGCUGCACACCUGCCUGUCCUUCACGGUGGCCCAGCUACGCAGGCCGGCUCUCUCCUGGACCUGUGCCCUGCUGCUGCUCGCCUCCCUCCACGUGGGCGCGCUGGAGGACCUGCAGAGAGACUGGUAUGAGACGGAGGCAGAGUACUACCUGUUACUCUUCAGCGUAGCUGUCUGUUGCCUGCGCUCCAUCAGCUACAGCCUGGAACACUGCUGGCGCCCCCUGGAGGCAGGAAGCUUCACGCGCUUCUGCUGGCUGGCUGCCUAUACCUUUUAUCACCCACUGUUCUACAAUGGACCCAUUGUCAAUUUCCAGGACUUCACCCAGCAGAUGCAGAGGCCUAACGGAAGUGCUGCCAAGCCGGACAUGCUCCCCUUCCUGGCCAGCGCUGCCCGAAUCUGCACCUGGUGGGGCGUGGCCGAGACGAUGAUCCACCUCAUGUACAUGCAUGCCGUCCAGAGCAAUGAGACCUACCUACAGAUCCUGCCGCCUUGGGCUCUAGGUGGCCUAGCCUUGGCUCUGGUGCAGUUCUUCUAUGUGAAGUACCUGGUGCUGUUUGGCGUGCCCUCCCUGCUGGUGCGCCUGGACGGGCUGGAGCCCCCCCGCCUCCCGCGCUGCGUCAGCAUCAUGUACAGCUUCACCGGGAUGUGGAGACACUUUGAUGUGGGGCUGUACCACUGGCUGAUAAGGUACAUCUACAUUCCCACAGGGGGCUCCCACCACGGACCACUGUGGAAGAUGCUUUCCACAGCCCUGGCCUUUGGCUUUGUCUGUUACUGGCACGGGGGCCAUGACUACCUGCAGAACUGGGCCCUGAUGAACUGGCUCGGGGUCACAGUCGAAAAUGGGCUAAAGGCGUUCCUUUCGUCACCCCUCAUUUUUCCCUGCAUUGAGCGCUGCCUUUCCGCGCCCAUGCGGAGGCGCGCCCAGGCCUUCCUGUCCGCCUUCUCCACCGCCAUGCUCAUCCUGUCAAACCUGGUCUUCCUGGGAGGGAAUCACGUCGGCCGCAUCUUCUGGAAGAGGGUUUUCAUCCAAGGUUGGUCCACUUCAGCUGUGCCGACACUGGUCUUCCUGUACUGCUUUGCCCAGGUAGGACUGGAAUGGGACCGAAAACAGCAGUAA